CCCCACUUCUUAACAAUGUUGAAGCUAUUCCCGCCAAAACACUCACUCAGACCCAUUAGAACCAAGAUUACGGACCAUGUAUUUUCCACAUCAUUGUCUUCUUCCUCCGAUCCCUCAACCAUUAUUCUCGACUCCAAAACCCUGAAACAAGCCCUCGAAUUUUUCACUUCCACUUUAAAACAAAACCCAAAAAGCCCAACCAAGGAUCUUCGCUUAUAUUCUUCUAUAAUCCAUGUCUUAACAAGUGCCAGAAUAUACACCACUGCCAGGUGUUUGACAAAAGACCUAAUCCAAACCCUCCUCCAAUCCCUCAAACCUCGUCGUGUUAGUUCUCUGGUUUUCAAUGCCCUUAAUCAGCUAGAAGGCUCAAAAUUUACUCCCAAUGUGUUUGGAGUGUUGAUUAUUGCAUUUUCUGAGAUGGGUCUUCUUGACGAAGCCUUGUGGGUGUAUCGCAAGAUCGGGGUUUUACCUGCAGUGCAAGCUUGUACUGCUCUUUUAAAUGGGUUGGUUAAGAAGGCUAGCUUUUAUUCCAUGUGGGAAUUAUAUGAGGACAUGAUUUCGCAUGGUUUGGUGCCUAGUGUUGUCACUUAUAGUGUAUUAGUCGAUGCUUGUUGUAGCCAAGGUGAUAUUCUGAAAGCUAGGAGUUUGGUUAAUGAGAUGGUGAAGAAAGGGAUUGAACCAACUAUUGUGAUCUACACGACUCUCAUUCGUGGUCUUUGCAACGAGAGUAAAAUCGUGGAAGCAGAAAGUAUGUUCAGACAAAUGAAGGAAUCUGGAGUUUUACCCAAUUUGUAUACUUAUAAUGUUCUGAUGGAUGGAUAUUGCAAAAUAGCAAAUGUGAAACUCGCCCUGGACUUAUAUCAAGACAUGCUUAAAGAUGGACUGCUGCCAAAUAUUGUGACCUUUGGUAUCUUAAUAGAUGCUCUUUGCAAAGGGGGCGAAUUAUUGGCAGCAAGGUGCUUCUUUGUUCAGAUGGCCAAGUUGGGUGUUGUUCCAAAUGUACUUGUGUAUAAUAGUUUGAUUGAUGGGCACUAUAAAGCAGGGAACCUAUCCAAAGCAAUGGAUUUACUUUUAGAGAUGGAGAUUUUCAAAAUUUUGCCUGAUGUUUUCACCUUCAGCAUACUUAUUAAGAGUGUUUCUAGUUUGGGUACAGUUGAAGAAGCAGACUGUAUACUGAAAAGAAUGGAAAACGAGGAGGUUCAUGCAAAUUCUGUGAUCUAUAAUUCGCUAAUCAAUGGAUACUGUAAGAAAGGAAACAUAGAGAAGGCUUUGGAGGUGUGUUCCCAGAUGACAACGAAGGGUAUAGAACCAAACGUUAUCACCUUCUCUACAUUAAUUGAUGGUUAUUGCAAGGUGGGAAACAUGGAAUCCGCCAUGGGUUUGUACUCGGAAAUGAUAAUCAAAAGCAUUGUGCCUGACGUGGUUGCUUUCACGGCAUUGAUUGAUGGUCAAUGUAAAAAAGGUAACAUGGAAGAGGCCAUCCUGCUGUAUAAGCAUAUGCUGAAGGCCGGGCUUAGCCCUAAUGUUUUCACAGUUAGUUGCUUGAUUGAUGGCCUUUGCAAAGCUGGAAGGACAUCUGAUGCAAUUAAAUUUUUCUUAGACAAGACUGGAGGUAACACCACUGGCAAUCGAGUAAAUGAAAUGGACAGUAUUUAUUGUUCACCAAAUCAUGUGAUAUACACAUCUUUGAUUCAAGCUUUGUGCAAGGAAGGGCAGAUUUUUAAAGCUAGCAAGCUUUUCUUGGAUAUGAGAUGCGGUGGUUUAAGGCCAGAUGCAUUGGCUUAUGCUGUCAUGUUGCAGGGGCAUCUAAAUGCCAAACAUGUGAUUGAUGUGAUGAUGUUGCAUGCUGAUAUGAUAAAGAUGGGUGUCGUGCCAAAUGAAGUUAUAUAUUGGAUCUUAUCAAGGGGUUAUGGAGAGAAUGGGUAUAGGAAGUCAGCUCUCAGUUGUUCUGAGCACUUGAUAGAAACAGGUCCUGAGCUUGUUGAGUCUUAAAACCUGUGGGAGCAUCAUUAUACACAAUGAAUAAGGAAAAUACAUUGCCAGUUUGCAUAAUGAUUUCCGGGAAGUGAUCAGAUCAGAUCAUUAGGACUUUGAGGGUGAUCCUCCUUUAAUACCUAUCAAAGCCCGAGAAGUAUGGUUAUAUUGUAAAGGCCUCAAUAUUAUCUAUUAAGGUAAGUAACAACAUCACUUUUGUCUAUCGAGGGAAGCAACAACAUCAGAAGGAGAUUCCUAGAUGUUAAAUGUCAGAAGGGUUUGAACCUGAGGGACACUGCAUCUUUUCUGCUGAUUCAUUGAGGAACAAAAUCCUGAUAUCAAGGGGAUCAUUUUGUGUUCAAAGCACUGCUUUUGGUUUGCUUAACCAUGGCACUUACUGUAUUUACUACAUUUGGAGUCUACUAAGCCUCAGAUCCUUCUAUGUUAGUACUUGGCUAAACCUCAAAUUCUAUGAGGGUACUUUUUGGGUCAAAUCCUUAUGUUGUCAAUUUCACCCUGUACAUAUUCUAUAAUAUUAAAGCACUUUGAUGUCCCAAAAUAUGUCCAAGAGGGGGGUGAAUUGGACUUUAAAAAUAAUUUUCUGUUCUUGCUCAAAACCUUUGAAAAUUGCAGCUUGGUUCAACCUAAUUUUCUAAUGUGAGAUAUAAACAAUACAACUCUAUUGAUAAGUU